GAAUGGGGGGCAGGGGGUGGUUCACAGGAAUGAUCAGGGUAAGGUGUGACAGAGGAUACUCAGGAACAGAUUAGGGACUGGGGAGCAGACGCUGGACCCAAAAAAAGCCAAUGGAAGAGACCUGGGAUAGAACCCUGGAGGGUCUCUGUAAAAACAGGCCUAGGAAGAAGACAAAGAUGAAACCCAUGAAGAAAGCCAGUGGGCUUCCUGGGCAUGGCAGCAGCAGCAAGUCCCCCCCAGCCACCAGGGCCAAAGCCCAGAAGCGCCGGGCAGGGGGUGACGGUGGCAAGGAGGAGGAAGAAGAGCAGCAGCAGCAGCAACAGCAGCAGCAGCAGCAGCAGGAGGAAGAGACUGGGCCGGCAGAGGAGGAGGAAGGUGACCGAGAGGAGGAAGGGAAGGCCCCAGAUGUGGAGGCUGCCCCACCACAGCUGCCCCCUGCAGGCCCCUCUGAGAACCCCAUUCAGCCUUUCCCCCCAGCUGAGGACCCAAAGGGCGAGGGGGAUUCUGGGCGUUGGGAACCUUCCCUGAGCCGCAAGACCGCCACCUUCAAGUCGAGGGCCCCCAAAAAGAAGUACGUGGAGGAGCAUGGUGCCAGUGGUGGCAGUGGACCGGAGGAGCCCCCAGCCACACCUGAGGAGGGCAGAACCUGUGCCCUGCCUGCCCAGCCAUCUGCCUCAGCUCGCUCAUCCUCCACAGACACUGCUAGCGAGCACUCAGCUGACCCGGAGGAGGAGCUCCCUGAACCUGGUCCUCCGGCACCGUGGCCCCCUAGCUCCGCAGCUGCCGGGGCCUGUGACCUGCACCUCCUGCGCUCCCAGAAGGUCCUGGCACGGCGGGAUGGACUCUUCGUGCCAGCCGUGGUAAAGCAGGUCCGGCGCAGCCAAGACCUUGGCGUCCAGUUCCCUGGAGACAGAGCCCUCACCUACUACGAGGGGGCGCUGGCUGGUGGCGUGGAUGUGGUGCUAGAUGCCACCCCGCCCCCCGGGGCCCUGGCGGUGGGCACGGCCGUCUGUACUUGUGUGGACCCUGGCGAGGCAGCCUAUCGUGAAGGCGUGGUGGUGGAGGUCAAUGCCAAGCCGGCUUCGUACAAGGUGCGCCUCAGCCACGGGCCUCCUCCGGGGCUCCCUCUCACCCCACCCCGCAGGGACAGAGAAGCCGUCUGGGUGGCUCGCUCGAGCCUGCGCCUCCUGCGCCCCCCCUGGGGCCCUGAGGAGAGAAGGAAGCUGCCGCCAGAAGCCACCCAAGGGGAGCACGGUGAUGAGGCGGUGCCGAGAGAGAGCCCACCUCCACCACCGCCCCCUCAGGCUCCCCCCCAGCUGCCCCCCUGUCCCCCCGGCCUGGAGGCCAAACAGCCAGAGGAUGCCGAGGUCUCCAAGAUUAGCUUUGGCCAGGCAGCCACAGAGGAGGAGGAGGAGAAGCGCCCCCCUGCCUCAGCCACUUCCAGUGUCUCCACCGCCCAGCCCCUGCUGCCACUGCCCCCGCCCCAGCUGCUCUCUCCGCCCCCCAAGUCACCGGCCUUUGCCGGGCCGGGCCGCCCAGCUGAGCAGCCCUCCCCUGGCCAGGAUGGGGCAGGAGGCAGCCGGAGCAGCAGCGUGACCUCCCUGGAGAGGGGGGCGGCCCCACCAGCGAGGGCCCGGACGCCCCUCACGGCUGCCCAGCAGAAGUACAAGAAAGGCGACGUGGUCUGCACGCCUAAUGGCAUCCGGAAGAAGUUCAACGGCAAGCAGUGGCGGCGUCUUUGCUCCCGCGACGGCUGCAUGAAGGAGUCGCAGCGCCGCGGCUACUGCUCCCGCCACCUGUCCAUGCGCACCAAGGAGAUGGAGGGACUGGCUGAGGCGGGAGCCGGCCCAGGGGCGGGUGGGCCUGGCCGCCAGGCCGCCCGGGAGGGCAGCGCCGAGUUUGACUGGGCCGACGAGACCUCCAGGGACAGUGAGGCCAGCAGUGUGGCCGCCCGUGGGGACUCGAGGCCCCGCCUGGUGGCACCCGCCGACCUGUCCCGCUUUGAAUUCGACGAAUGCGAGGCCGCGGUCAUGCUGGUGUCCCUGGGCAGCUCCCGCUCUGGAACGCCUUCCUUCUCUCCCGUUUCUACCCAGUCUCCCUUCUCACCUGCCCCCUCUCCUUCCCCCUCACCCCUCUUUGGCUUCCGGCCAGCCAACUUCAGCCCCAUCAACGCCUCGCCUGUGAUCCAGCGUACAGCCGUCCGGAGCCGUCAUCUGAGUGCCAGCACCCCGAAGGCUGGGGUGUUGACCCCCCCAGAAUUGGGGCCCCACCCACCGCCCCCUGCUCCCCGGGAACGCCAUUCCUCAGGCAUCCUGCCUACCUUCCAGACCAACUUGACCUUCACGGUGCCCAUGAGCCCUGGCCGACGGAAGCCAGAGCUUCUGCCGCACCCAGGGGCGCUGGGGGGCCCUGGCAGUGGGGGGGGCCCAGAUUUUCAGAAGAGUGAUAGCCUGGACUCGGGAGUAGACUCAGUCUCCCACACACCUACACCCUCUACUCCAGCCGGCUUCCGGGCCGUGUCACCGGCUGCCCCCUUUCCCCGGUCUCGCCAGCCUUCCCCACUGCUGCUGCUGCCCCCCCCAGCCGGCUUGACAUCAGACCCAGGUCCCUCAGUGCGGCGGGUGCCGGCUGUGCAGCGGGACUCUCCUGUUAUCGUCAGAAACCCCGAUGUCCCGCUGCCUUCCAAGUUCCCCGGGGAGGUGGCCCCAGGCGGAGAGGCCCGGGGCGGUGGCCAGCCCAGCAGGGCCGGGCGAGAGCACCCAGGGCCACCUGGAGCUAACAGUGGGAAGCCGGGCCCGCCUCCACCCCUGCCUGCCCCCGUCCCCAUCAGCGUCCCCCCAGCCGGGUCGGCCACCGCCACUCAGCCGGGGCCAGCUUUUGGACUGGCCUCCUCGCCGUUCCAGCCGGUCGCCUUCCACCCCUCACCUGCCGCCCUGCUGCCCGUCCUCGUGCCCAGCAGCUACCCUGGGCACCCUGCCCCCAAGAAGGAGGUUAUUAUGGGCCGGCCUGGGACAGUGUGGACAAAUGUGGAGCCACGAUCAGUGGCUGUAUUUCCCUGGCACUCGCUCGUCCCAUUCCUGGCACCCAGCCAGCCUGACCCUUCUGUACAGCCCAGUGAGGCCCAGCAGCCAGCCAGCCACCCUGUCUCCUCUAGCCAGAGCAAAGAGCCUGCAGAGUCAGCAGCUGUAGCCCACGAGCAGUCCCCCAGCGGGGCAGCGGGCCCAGAAUCUGGACGGCCACCUGGGGCCACCUGCCCUGAGAGCCCAGUUCCCUGCCCUCCCCAGGCCCCUGGGGCCUCGGAAGGCAGCAAGGUUCCUCCUCAGCAUUCUGAGGAGGAAGGCCCCGGCCCUACGGGGGAAAGCCGGCUGGACAGCGAGACAGAGAGUGACCACGACGAUGCCUCUCCCCAAUUCCGCAGGUUCCUCUCUAUCAUGUCUCCGGAGAUCCAGUUGCCACUCCCACCAGGAAAGCGCCGGACACAGUCCCUCAGCGCCUUGCCCAAGGAAAGGGACUCCUCUUCUGAGAAGGAUGGGCGCAGCCCCAACAAGAGGGAGAAGGACCACAUCCGACGCCCCAUGAAUGCCUUCAUGAUAUUCAGCAAGCGGCACCGGGCCCUGGUGCACCAGCGCCACCCGAACCAGGAUAACCGGACCGUCAGUAAGAUCCUGGGCGAGUGGUGGUAUGCGCUGGGGCCCAAGGAGAAACAAAAGUACCACGAUCUGGCCUUUCAGGUGAAGGAGGCCCACUUCAAGGCCCACCCAGACUGGAAAUGGUGCAACAAGGACCGGAAGAAGUCAAACUCAGACACCAAGCCUGUGGCCCUUGGUCUGGCGGGAGGCCCCAAGGAGAUGCGGGAGCGCAGCAUGUCAGAGACUGGCACAGCAGCUGCUCCUGGAGUCUCAUCAGAGUUACUGUCAGCAGCAGCCCAAACCCUGCUGGGCACAGAGGUCAAGGCCCCUGCGUCUGGCCCUGGGACAGCGGAGCGGCUCCACCCAGCAGGGCCCGGCCCCACCAGGCCUCGAGCUUUCUCCCACAGUGGCGUGCACGGCUUAGACGGGGGUGAGCCGGACAGCCAGGCGCUGCAGGAACUCACCCAGAUGGUGUCGGGUCCAGCUCCCUACACGGGGCCGAAGCCUCCACCUCAGUAUGGAGGCCCGGGACCCUUUGCCACUCCCAGCGAGGGUGGAACCUUGGCAGGUGGGCGGCCCCCGAUGCUGCCAGCAAGGCCAUCCCGCUCCCAGCGCACAGCUAGCGAAGACAUGACCAGUGAUGAGGAGCGGAUGGUCAUUUGUGAGGAGGAGGGAGAUGAUGAUGUCAUAGCCGAUGACAGCUUUGGCACCACUGACAUCGACUUAAAGUGCAAGGAGCGGGUAACAGACAGUGAUAGUGAGGACAGCUCUGGUGAGGACCCUGAGGGUGCCAAGGGCUUUGGCAGGAAAUUGUUCUCACCUGUGAUCCGUUCAUCCUCUCUGUCUACUGCCUUCACUCACUGCCGCCCACCCCUGGAGUCCGAACCCCCUGGAGCCCCUGACCCCUCGUCAGCUUUUCCCAAGGGCUAUGGCCCCACGCCCUCUUCCUCCUCCUCCUCCUCCUUCCAGUUGGCCCCUGGGACCUUCAAGAGCCAAGAGCCAGGUCGAGGUGCAGUCGGAGGGCCUUUGCGUGCCCAGCACCCGGUUGGCGGAGGCCCACUGCCUCCUAAAGCCCGAUAUCCUCCUGUGGACCCAAACGCCUAUCGGCGAAAGCGGCCCGAGAGCACGGGAGGGCCUGAGCCUCCCGCUUCCCAAUCCUUCCCUGCUUCCUCUGUCAUUGCCUCGCCCCCUGGAGGUGGGGUCCUGCAGGCCUUAGUGCUGCCCCCCGGGGGCAGCCUGUACCCGGCCAAGGAGCCCCCAGAGCGAGACGGCAGUGCGGCUGCCCGACUACCAUCAGCCACAGUGCUGGUGACGGCCCCCACCUCCCUGGGGAGCGGAGGGCUUACCUACGGGGCCCCCCCGGCCCCCCCACGCCCGGCUCCUACUGUGGUGACCAAUGUGGUCCGGCCGGUCAGCAGUACACCUGUGCCCAUUGCUUCCAAACCCUUCCCUGGGGUGGGGCGAGGUGAGGGCUCGCCUGCUGAAGGAGGUGCCAAAGGGGAGGCGGGGGCUGGUCCCCGAGCACCGGGGGGCUCUCCACUUGGUAUCGGUCUGGUAUAUACUGAUAAAAAACAGGCAGCCCCUCCAGCCCCGCACCUGGUGGCAGGACCCCUUCUGGGGGUGGGCAAAGCUCCUGCUGCUGUGACCAACCUUCUUGUGGGUGCCCCAGGCUAUGGCGCCUCUGCCCCACCGGCUGUGCAGUUCAUUGCCCAGGGCCCACCUGGUGGAGGUGGGGCAGCGGCUGCAACGGGGCCCCCCACUGGCAGCGGUCCCAACGGCCCCGUGCCCCUGGGCAUCCUGCAGCCCGCCCCUCUAGGCAAGCCUGGGGGCAUCACCCAGGUGCAGUACAUCCUGCCCACUCUGCCCCAGCAGCUGCAGGUGGCCCCAGCCCCAGCAGCGCCUGGCCCCAAAGCUGCAGCCGUGGGGGGGUCAGGCCCCACGGCCAGCAUCCGCUUUGCCCUGCCACCAGGAACUACCACCAAUGGGAAGGUCCUGGCACCAGCCACCCCAGCCCCUGGGAUUCCCAUUCUGCAGCCGGUGCCCUCUGCUGCACCCCCCAAAGUCCAGUCAGUGUCUCCGGUGCAGGCCCAGUCCUCGGCAGGCCCAGCCCAGCUGCUGCCUGGGAAGGUCCUGGUGCCCCUGGCGGCACCAAGCGUGGCAGUACGAGGCGGAGGGGCCAGCCAGCCUCUGCCCUUGGUGAGCCCACCCUUCUCUGUCCCGGUGCAGAAUGGGGCCCAACCAUCCAGCAAAAUCAUUCAGCUCACCCCAGUGCCAGUGACCACCCCCGGGAGCCUGGUACCCCCACUCAGCCCAGCCACCCUGCCCAGUCCUGCAUCCCAGUCUCAGAAGGUCAUUUUGCCCUCUUCCACCAGAAUAACCUAUGUGCAGUCGGCUGCUGGGCACACCCUUCCCCUGGGCCCCAGCCCCUCCUCCAGCCAGAGUGCAGCUCCUGGCACCCCAGCCUCUUAUGGGCCCGCCAGCUCCGUGGCCCUGGGCUUCACCACCAUUGGGCCCAGCGGCCCUGCCAUAGUCCAGCCCCUGAUCUCAGGCCAAGCUCCCCUGCUGGCCCCAGGCCAGGUUGGCGUGUCCCCAGUCCCCAGUCCCCAACUGCCGCCAGCCUGUGCUGGGGGUCCUGUCAUCACAGCCUUCUACCCUGGCGGGCCAGGGGGCCCCUCAGCCAUGCCCCUCCCUCAGCCAACGCCCCCAGCCCCCCCAGGGCUCGUCUAUACGGUGGCCACAAGUGCUGCCCCACCCGCUGCCAUCCUGCCCAAGGGCGGGGCACCUGGGCCUCCAGCCCCCACUGCCUCUCAGACCCCUACCAGUCCUUUCCCCAGUGCCACAGGCUCCGUGGCCUAUAGCCUGGUGACCCCAAAAGCCCAGCGCCCACCACCCAAGCCCCCACAGAAAGUGAAGGCUGCCAUUGCCAGUAUCCCUGUGGGUUCCUACGAGUCUGGGGUCCCUGCCCGGCCGGGUCCUGUCUCCCGGCAGGCCACAGAGCAGGGCCCUGCUAGGGAGGUGGUCCCAGAGGCUGAGGCUGAUGGUCGGCCGGCCACACCUGCACCCCCCACUCCUGCAGAUAAUUGGGCUCCACCCCGGGGCAGCCCACCCCCAGGCCCACCGGCAGAGGAUCGACCAGGAGUCAAGGCACCAGAGACGGCCAGCAAGAUCCCCAGCUCCCCUGAUUGGCGGAUUCCAGCUCUGGCCAUGGAGAACCGGGGGGAGCCUCCAGCCCCACCCAGCCCGGCCCCGGCCCCUGGGGGCAGCGAAGGAGGAGGGCGGCCUCCAGGGGCCGGGGACACCCCAGAGCGGAAGGAAGCACCCAGCAAGAAGGUGAAGGUUCGGCCCCCUCCUCUGAAGAAGACUUUCGAUUCGGUGGACAACAGGGUCCUCUCUGAAGUAGACUUUGAGGAGCGCUUCGCCGAGCUGCCCGAGUUCCGGCCCGAGGAGGUGCUGCCCUCACCCACCCUGCAGUCGCUGGCCACCUCCCCCCGCGCCAUCCUGGGCUCCUACCGAAAGAAGCGGAAGAACUCCACUGACCUGGACUCAGCCCCAGAAGACCCCACCUCCCCCAAGCGCAAAAUGAGGCGUCGUUCGAGCUGCAGCUCUGAGCCCAACACGCCGAAGAGCGCCAAGUGCGAGGGUGACAUCUUCACCUUUGAUCGAACCGGCACUGAGGCGGAGGACGUGCUGGGGGAGCUGGAGUACGAGAAGGUGCCCUACUCGUCCCUGCGCCGCACCCUGGACCAGCGGCGGGCUCUGGUCAUGCAGCUCUUCCAGGACCACGGCUUCUUCCCCUCAGCCCAGGCCACAGCCGCCUUCCAGGCGCGCUACGCAGACAUCUUCCCCUCCAAAGUGUGUCUCCAGCUGAAGAUCAGAGAGGUCAGGCAGAAGAUCAUGCAGGCAGCCACACCCACAGAACAGCCCCCUGGGGGGGAGGCCCCCGGACCUGGGCCUCCACCGGCCAGCGCAGGGGCUGCUCCCCCACCCCCCACCGAGGGCCCGGACUCGCCCUCACCCGCCCCGGACUCUUCCUCGUCCUCUGUCCCCUCCGCUGCCCCUCCCCAAGCCUCAGAGCCGGCACCCGGCGAAUCCAGCUGGGAUGGGGCCACCCAGCCUUCCCCCCCACCUCCUGGACCUUCCCCAGGGGGCAGGUGAGGUGUCUGCUGGGGAGUAACAUCCCCAGGGGCCUGGGGUGCCCCGAGGAGGAGACAAGACCCCUGAGCUGGCCCUGGGCUCGGUGGCGGAGGGGGCAGGAAGCUGUGUGGGGAGGGUGGGUGGCCCUGUCCAUGAGGCCUCCCUCCGGUGAAAGCUUCCCUCCCUGGGGACUAGGGGGAGGCUGUGGAGGGCAGAGGGGGCGCUCUGGCCCCCACGGAGCCCCUGUACAUAACCUGGAGUUUGUUACCUUUCGAAUCUUUUCACUCUACUUUAUGCAAAAUGGCUCCUGAGGGCAGGACUGAAGGAGGGAAAGAUGGGAGCCCCCCUCCCCCAUGUGGGGGGUACUGAGGGUUGGGGCACCCACUUCCCUCUCUCCCCUCCCUCAAGGGGCUGGACUCAGGUUAGUUUGGGGGUAGGGGUGGAGGAUCGAGGUGGGGGGGCCUCCUGCACUUUGGCCCUGGGUUGGGGGGGCAGGGCAGGGUGCACCCCUUUCCUCCUUACCUGUUCCCCCACCAGGCUGUACUUUCUAAGAAGGCAAUUUCCCUGUCCCCCCACCCCCACCCCUGGAACAAUACAUGUUGAUCAUGUGCAAUAUUUCUUACUGUGCCGAGAAGCCUCGAAGACCGAGAUUAAAGCUGUUUUAACACA